ACAAAGAUAUGAGGAUCUUCACAAAGCUCUCUGCACCACUCUGCCUCCUUUUUGUCUUCCUCUGUCUUAAAAUUGCCUUCUCAUCCUCUAUACAUGCUUCUUCCUUCUCAACAACGCAUCUCUGCUCUCAUGAGGAGGCUCUUGCUUUGCUGCAAUUCAAGACAUCCUUCUCCGUCGAUGAUACUGCUUCUAAGAUUGAGUCAUGGAGGGAAGGUAUAGACUGUUGUUCCUGGGAUGGGGUUAGCUGUGAUAAUGUCACAGGCCAUGUAAUUGCCCUUAAUCUCAGCUGCAGUUUCCUUUAUGGCACCUUUCCUUCCAACAGCACUCUUUUCUUCCUCAGAAACCUGCAGAGCCUCAAUCUUGCCUUCAAUAAUUUUAAGCUUUCCAAGAUUCCAUCGGAAAUCAGUCAGUUUACUAGACUAAAGCAUCUUGAUGUCUCUUCUUUUGGAUUUUCGGGCCAAGUUCAGGGAGAAAUUGCUCACCUCCCUAAGUUAGUUUCUCUCAAUCUCUCUUAUUCUGACUUGAUCCUUGAAACAGCUACCUUCAGAAAUCUUGUUCAUAACUUGAGUGAGGUGAGAGAACUUGUGCUUAGUGGAGUGAACAUGACAUCUGUUAAUCCUCGUUUCUUCAUUGACUACUCUUGUUCUUUGGGGGAGUGCGUUAAGAGGAAACUUUCCAAACAUCCUCUCCAACAGUUGUAUAUACUUGAUGCGGAUUACGGAAGGCGAUUGCCAGAGUCUAUAGGAGAUCUAAAGUCAUUACAGUCUCUGAGUCUUAGCUGCAACUUGGAAGGUUCCAUUCCAGCUUCCAUGGGGAACUUAUCUCAACUAACUGACCUAGAACUCUAUUCUAGCAAUCUUAGCGGACAAAUCCCACCAUCACUUGCAAACCUCACCCAACUUACCUCUCUUUACCUUUCCAAUAAUCAGUUUUCUGGUCCCAUUCCAGCUUCCAUAGGUAACUUAAGGCAACUUACUAGCUUAAACCUUUAUUCUAACAAUCUUAGCGGACAAAUCCCAUCAUCACUUGCAAACCUCACCCAACUUACCUCUCUUUACCUUUCCAAUAAUCAGUUUUCUGGUCCCAUUCCAUCUUCCAUAGGUAACUUAAGGCAACUUACUAGCUUAAACCUCUAUUCUAACAAUCUUAGCGGACAAAUCUCAUCAUCACUUGCAAACCUCACCCAACUUCCCUCUCUUGACCUUUUCAAUAAUCAGUUUUCUGGUCCCAUUCCAACUUUCCAAGGUAACUUAUCUCAACUAACUGACCUAGACCUCUCUUCUAACAAUUUUAACAGACAAAUCCCAUCAUCACUUGCAAACCUCACCCAACUUACCUCUCUUGACCUUUCUUAUAACUUACUUAAUGGCUCAAUUCCUAACUCAUUUGCUAAUUUAGUAAAUCUUAGUUAUCUCAAUUUAUCAUCAAAUCAUUUUAGUGAUUUAGUAGUACCUGACAUGUUCUCGCUGCUUCAAAAUCUAGAAAUUCUUGACCUUUCUCAUAACAACUUAAUCGGGAAGAUUCCAAAUUGUCUUCCUAAGUCUCUUUCAGUGUUGAAUUUGCAGGCCAAUUACUUUGAUGGAAAUAUAGCAUUUGAGUUUCUAGAGGGCUGUGGAUUACGAAAUCUCAACUUACAUGGAAAUCAAAUGGACGGCUUAUUACCAAGGUCUUUGGUGAAUUGUCGCAUGUUAGAGGUUCUAGACGUUGGCAACAACAACAUAAGUGAUACAUUCCCUCAUUGGUUGGAAUCUCUACCAGACCUUCAAGUGCUCGUCUUAAGGUCCAACAAGUUCCACGGUUUUGUGCAGAGCACCAAAGAAAGUCCAUCUUUUCCCAAGUUGCGAGUUCUGGACCUCUCCAGCAAUUAUUUUGUUGGUGCUUUGCCUGUUCGGUACAUUGAAAAUUUUAAUGCGAUGAUGGACCCUCAUGGAGAGGAUGGUGGUUCCUCUGAAUACAUGAUGGUGUCGACGAGAACCAAUUCUUAUCAAUAUUCACUAGUUGUGACAUGGAAGGGAUUCGAGUAUGAGCUGCAGGGAAUCUUGACCGUAUUCAGUAGUAUUCAUCUCUCAAAUAACAUGUUUGAGGGAGAAAUUCCAGAUGUUAUUGGAAAUCUUAGUUCUCUCAAAGGGCUUAAUCUUUCUCAUAACAACCUUACUGGUCAUCUCCCACCGUCACUAGGGAAUUUGACGAAUCUGGAAUGGUUGGAUCUCUCUUCCAACGCGCUGACGGGGAACAUUCCUGAUGCGUUGUUCAACACCUUUGGAAAUGAUUCUUAUGAAGGAAACCUUGGACUGUGUGGAAUCCCAUUGUCAAAAUAUUGUGAUGAAAUUGAGACACCGCCGAGCUCCUUCCAAGAAAAAGAUGAGUUGUGGAGAUUUGGGUGGAGAGUUGUGGUGUUAGGCUAUGGAUGUGGAGUUGUUUUUGGACUGCUGAUGGGAUAUCUUGUCUUCGGAACAGGAAAACCAAAAUGGUUUGUGUCUUUGUUUGAUGGCCGACCAAGUCAAAGUGGAACGAAGAUGAGGAAAGCUAGAAGACUUGUUCAAAGAAGAAGCUAGUUGCAGAGUUGAUGUUUUAGAGCUUCUGAUUUAAUGUUUCCUGAAUAAGUGCUUUUUGGGUUUGAAGUUCUUGUUAAUGAUUUAAAGUUUCUCUCCCUGCUGUUUGGACACCAUUGCGUCACCUUAUAUUCACUUUCUUCCAUGUUGAUCUUCAAAUGAAAUUAGAAGCUCCAAAACCAGUAGUAAUUGGAUAUGCAGCACUUCCAUUAUCCACCCAUGCACAAUAGUAACCUUAGAAGAUGUGGUUGAGGAGAUUGUUGAAGAAAUCUUUGAUGAAAAUGAUUCAAAGGAGGAGAUCUAGAAGAAAAUUGGCUAUAUUGUAAUGAGAGCAGAGGGAGUAUAUGAUGUUGAGGCCAAUUCAUCUAUUUAUUUGCCAUAUGAGGACUUGAAUACCAAAAUGCCAGAGCACGAUGAAGAUGGAUCCAAUCAUCAAGAUGUGAAGGCAUCAAAUAUAUAGACUUGAGGUAGGGUAAAAGCACUGAAUGGAUUUCAGUGAAAAAAAACUAGGAAAGAAAAAGCAUGUAGCGAGCAAUCAUGUAGUCUCUUCCAUGUGUAACUUUCUGAAAUGAAUGCUAUUAUGAGGUCAUGCAUUUGUUCAUGGAGGAAUCUGCUUUUAUAUUGCUCAUCCUAUGGGAUGCUUCAUUUGGUGGCUCAGUUUGGUAUUAGUUGCAAAUGCCUGAAAGGUUAGUGUUGUUCGUUUUGAGCAGAUAAACAAUGGGGAAGCAAUGUCAGAGGCCAAAGAAGUAACUCAAUUGAUUCCUAAAAUCAUGAUGAGGAAGGGGAACUGUGACAAAUUGGAUAACAUUACCUAUGCUGAGAAUGCAUUUCAGAAGAGAGAAGAGAAUCACCUUUCUAAUCGCUAUGUAGUUGCUGAAGAUACAUAAGAUAAUGGAAAUUAGCUACAUUGCAUAUUAUGUUUUCUUUUUCUUUAGCUCCUUUUUUUCCUUUCCCAUAUUCUUACCGCACCAUGAAGAAGAAAUGGAAGCAAACCACAGGAUUACUAGAUAGACUAACAUUGUAAGAGAUGGAAGUAUCAACAUCUGAAAUAUCAGCAUGACUAGCUUCUCUUUUGAGUGUACACUGAAGAGGCAGCUUUGACUGAAGCAUGAGUACAGGGUG